AUGGCUGUGCUCUGGGGCCAACCCCGCCAGCACUGGCCUGAGAGAGGCUGCAGGGUGCUCGGCUUGCCUGUCACCGGAGGUCCCUCACGGCCAGGCUGCUGGGACGCAGGGAAUAGGGCACUGGCGCCCGCGGUCCUUAUAGAGCGACAUGAUGGAGGAAUCUGGAUCGGAGACAAUCAGCAGCAGCUCCUGCAGAUGCAACAGUUGCAGCAACAGCACUUGCUCAACCUGAAGAGGCAGGGGCUGGUCGACCUGCAGCCCAGCCAAGCCUCCGGGCUCCCAGCCAAGCCUCCUCCCCUCCAGGCCCUCCCGCAAGCAGCCGCGUGCCCAACAGACCUGCCUGAGCUGUGGAAAGGCCAGGGUGCCCCAGGGCAGCCUGCUGAGGACAGCAUCAGGCAGGAGGGGCUGGACCUCGCCAGCACAGCUGCCACUGCUACUUGGUUCGCCAACGCCCCCAAGGUCUCCCCACCCCUGCACCACCCCUUACCCAAUAGACAGCCCACUGUGCUCACAUCUCGGAGAGACAGCUCCUCCCACGAGGAAACCCCCAGUUCCCACCCCCUUUAUGGACAUGGGGAAUGCAACUGGCCAGGCAGUGAGACCCUGUGUGAAGACUUGGGCCAGUUUAUCAAACACCUCAACACAGAACAUGCUUUGGAUGAUCAGAGCACGGCCCAAUGCCAAGAACAGAUGCAGGUGGUCCAGCAGCUGGAGAUCCAGCUCACCAAGGAGAGUGAGCGGUUCCAGGCCAUGAAGGCACAUGUGCACAUGGGGCCUUCAGAGCCCAAGCCCUUCUGCCAGCCAGUGACCGUCUCUUCAGACCCAUUCCCAGAUGGCCUCGUGCAUCCCCCAACCAAAGCUGCUGCCCCUGUCACACCCUUGCAACCCCCUGGUCUGGGCUUUACCUCUUUGCAUAACCGCAGGAGAAGCAGCCACGAAUUCGGCUCCCCCAUCUAUUCAGAGCUUCCCAAGUAUCAUGAUUACUUCAAGAAUGUUGCUGUCAGGCCCCCCUUCACCUAUGCCUCCCUUAUCCGCCAGGCCAUUCUAGAAUCUCCAGAUAGGCAACUGACUCUGAAAGAGAUCUGUAACUGGAUCACCAGGAUGUUUGCCUUCUUCUGAGGAAAAACUGACAACUGGAAGAAAGUUGUGAGCCAAAACCUCAGAAUGCAUGAGUGCUUCGUCAAAGUGGAGACUGUCAAGGGGGCUGUGUGGACCGUGGAGGAGCAGAAAUAUCAGAAACGGAGAUCAUCAAGGAUGACAGGGAGUGAUGAUCUCGGGCCUCAGUUUUGGUGCCUUAACACCAGCUAUCAGGCUGCCCUGGCAGAGAGCAACUUCCCCUUCCUCAACAGUCCUGACAUGCUGAACCCUGGCUCAGCCAGCAGCCUUCUGCCCCUCAGCCAGGAUGACAUGGGUGCCCCUGGGGAGCCCCUGCCCUGCAAAGGGAGCAGCAGCCCCCCUCGCCUCUCCCCUCCUCAGUAAAGCCACGAGGUGCAAGUGAAAGAGGAGCCUGCUGAGGCAGAGGAAGACAGGCAGCCUUGGCCUCUCCUGGAUGUCUGUGGGACCUACAGAGAUGGUAAAGCAUUGUGUGCAACCAUGGAGAACUGA